ACGCGGGAGGGGCUGUGGGGCUGCCGCUCCGGCGUUCCCGGUCCUAACCUCGCGAUUGCGGCCCCCUGGGGUGCUGCCGCGCGGGAAGACCAUGGGCGACGCUGUGGGAGAGCACGCUCGCCUCCGGUGCUACCCCAAGCUCCCAGUGUGGGUCGUGGAGGAUCACCAGGAGGUCCUGCCUUACAUAUACCGGGCCAUUGGCUCAAAGCAUCUUCCUGCCAGUAACAUAAGUUUUGUGCAUUUUGAUUCACAUCCAGACCUCCUUAUUCCUGUAAAUAUGCCAGCUGACACUGUGUUUGACAAGGAAACACUUUUCGGAGAAUUAAGUAUUGAGAAUUGGAUUAUGCCUGCAGUUUAUGCUGGCCAUUUUUCUCAUGUGCUAUGGCUUCAUCCCACAUGGGCUCAGCAAAUAAGAGAGGGAAAACAUCACUUUUUAGUAGGCAGAGACACUUCUACCACAACAAUCAGGGUUACGAGUACGGAUCAUUACUUUCUAAGUGAUGGUCUUUAUGUAACUGAAGACCAACUAGAGAACCAAAAACCUUUACAAUUGGAUGUAAUUAUGGUAAAACCUUAUAAACCCUGUAACAAUCAAGAAGAAAAUGAUGCAGUGUCUUCUGCUAAGAAGCCAAAGCUAGCACUGGAAGAUGCAGAAAACACUGCUUCUACUAUCUGUGACUCUUACUCAGAAGGACUGGAAAAGGACACUUUGACACAGAGGAGGGGCCAGAUUUGCCUAGAGCAAUCAUGUUCAUGUUCUUCUGAAAGUCAAGAAUGUCAGACUACAGUCAGCACUGGGGAAAUUCUGGAAAUUUUGAAGAGAGGGGAUGCAUUUGUGUUAGAUAUUGACUUGGAUUUUUUUUCAGUCAAGAAUCCCUUCAAAGAAAUGUUCACUCAGGAAGAGUACAAAAUCUUACAAGAGUUGUACCAGUUUAAAAAACCUGGUACCAACCUGACAGAGGAAGAUUUGGUAGAUUGUGUUGAUACUCGAAUUCAUCAGUUAGAAGAUUUAGAAGCUGCUUUUGCUGAUUUAUGUGAUGGUGAUGAUGAAGAAACUGUACAGAAAUGGGCUUCAAACCCUGGAAUGGAAUCACUAAUUCCGCUUGUACAGAGUUUGAAAAAACGGAUGGAAGUACCAGACUAUGAAAUGGUUCACCAGGCUGGUCUAACCUGUGAUUACUCCGAACUUCCUCACCAUAUCAGCACAGAACAAGAAAUUGAGUAUCUUAUUCAGUCUGUAUAUUAUUUACUGAAAAAUUUACCAAAACCUACUCUUGUGACAAUUGCAAGGUCAAGUCUGGAUGAUUACUGUCCUUCUGAGCAAGUUGACAGCAUUCAAGAAAAAGUCCUCAAUGUGCUACGCUCCCUCUAUGGAGCUGUAGAUAUUCACCUGGUGUACUUAGCAGAAUGCUCUCCAUCCUGAAACAACAAAACACUAGGCUCCUAUUACAUCUUGAUGUAAUAACAGGGUUUUCAUUAACUUAUUUGUAAAUGAGUUUUCCAGAGAAGAUGGAAAUAAAUGCUUUUAUAUUAACUUUAAGUUAAAAUCUUUCAGGUAUUUUGAAUCUCAAAACAUAUCAUCACUUGUCAAAUGAUGACAAUUUUUUUUUUACAUCAAGUCUACGCCCGGCAACUGAUUGUUGCUUAUUCUUCUACUUUUCCAUCAUUGCCUUCUUCACUUUGUAAGGGUUGGGUUUUUUCCUCUUUUCCCCCUAUGUCAGUUGGACUGUACGAAAUUGAUUCAUCUAUUCAUUCAACUAACUGACAUUUAUUGAACACUUAAUGUGCCAAACAUAAUUAAGUGCUGGGUAUAUGGUAAUGAACAGAAUAGACAAGGUCCCCUGCCCUCUUAGGGGACAGCUGAGAAACAAAUUAUGGAUUAUGAGAAGGAUUAUGAAGGAAAGGACAGCCAUAAACACAUCUUAGGCAUGCUCUUAGUACUCAGGGUACCCUAGCUAUAUAAGGAAGUAACAUUCUCAAAAGCUACUACCAAAAAAUAACCUUGCCUGUCCAUGAAAAUCAGAAAAUCUACCUUUCCAAGAUUGUCAGCGUUGUGGCUCAGCUGUUGCUGCAUACUGUCACACUGUUGGAGUGGAGGAGGUCUAGUUGAGUAAAGUCAACUAACAAAAAUUUUCUUUGCUAAUCAGAAAAGCCCUUUAGGGUUUUUGGUGCCUCCAGAUGAUCAGUAUGGACGUUGAUUAUCAUCAUAAUUCCUAAGUGCCACUUUAUUGGCAGUCUGGGUUGAUAAUUUCUAAUAAUAAUCUAGCUUUUAGUAUAAAUAGAAAAAAGAUAGAUCCUUAAUUCUGACCUACCAUAAAUACCCAAAGACUUAACUGCCCUCUACCAGCCUCUCCAUCAGUAAGAGAGCCUACCUAGUCCCUCUUAAUCAUGGAACUUUUUCAUUUGCUUAAUUUACCAAAGUCUUCCCUCUUCAGUAUUCCUUAUGUACAGCAAUCAUUUUUACCUACGUGAUUUUCUUUUUUUUUUUUUUUUUUAAGGUAGGGUGGCGAUUGUUCGGGGGGGGGAGGGGAGACACCCAUCCAUUUCUCAAUCCUAACACAGCAGUUGUUUUCAUUUUUGCAUGUAGCUUUUGGGCCUUGACGACAUGUGUACAUGUUGAGUUGCAUGUAGCCGCAAUUAUAGUGUGUUACCUAACUUAUGGCUAGUACCCAAAUUCCAUUCCAUUGCCACUCAGUAGAUGGCACCAGAUCCCAUUUUUCCAAUGAUGCUGUUUUCGAGCAAAUUUUUCUUGUCAUCAAAUUGAUUUCCCAAGGCUGAUAGCGUGAAUGCCUGUUUCUGUUGUGAGAAGCAAAGCAAAGUGAUUCAGCUUUCCCUUCUGAUAGAACGUUAUUUGCCAGAAAGUUUUCUCUGUAAAAUCAGAAUUGUAAAACAGUGCUAUUUUUAAAUUAAAAAAAAAUUAUUAGAGUUCUAUAAA